CGGGGAGCGGAGCAGGAGCAGCUGAAUUGAGGGCUCAAGAAGGUCGAGCAGACGAGGGCAAGGUCGUCGCGCACAGAGAUCUGGUUGCAGACAGCUUGUUGAAGCUUUGCACUUGGAUGGAGAGUCGUCAGCGGAAGGUUGCGGUUGUUGGCAGCGGACUCAUGGGAUCAGGUCGGCCGGCCUCACAGCCCAUCACAAAGGCAGAGCACACCAGGCAAAACGAAUGCGAUGUUGCUGCUGUGUGUUUGGUGGUGGCAGGCAUUGCUGCAUGCCUGGCCGCUGGCGGCGGGCACGAGGUGUAUCUCACUGACACGAAGGACGACGCACUGCAGAAAGGGCUACAGAAGGCUAAGGUAAGAAUGGCGCAGCGCAGUCCAGACAGCGGACAGACUCUCUGCAUUGCGUGUUCUACUGACUGGCUGGCAGGAGCUGGCCGCAUUCAUCAAUGACAAUGGUCAGUCAGCAUCGCAGCAACAUUCAUUGACUCAUGUACACAUAUCAUGACAUCUGUCUGCCCUGUGUUCCUCCCUGGCUCCGUCCCUCUGUCAGGCAUCCCCCCCGCCCCUCCCUCCGGGUGUGGGGCCAUCCACGCAGCUCCUUCUCUCGCAGAGGCCGUGGAUGGUGCAUCCUUCGUGUUCGAGGCGGUCUUUGAGGACCUCAGCAUCAAGCAGGGGGUGUUUCGGCAGAUCGAGAGGGCACUGGUGGGCAAGGAGGCAGGGGAGGAGGCCCUCCUGUGCACCAACACGUCGUCGCUAUCGAUCACGGAGAUUGCGGCAGGUGGGCUGUGGGUGGGUGGUUCGAUGGACGGCGCAUGUGUCCAUCGAUCGAUUGUCCAUCAGUAUUGGAUCGUCCUGGUCGGUUCGUGGCUGCGCACUUCAUCGGCCCGCCGCACCUGGUGCCGCUUGUCGAGGUGGGCAGGUGUGUCGGCACAGGUGCACACACAGCCCGGGCUGACGAUGUGAGGUGUGUUCUGUUCAGGUGUGCGGCGGCGCCAAGACGGACAGCAGUGCUGUCGAGAGGGUCAGAGAGUUCCUCCAAGGUACGUAACUAACGUGGACCAAUGGGCUGGCUGCCGUACACGUGAUGCAUCACACUACGUCCGCUGCUAUGGCUGGGCGUGGCGUACAAUGUUCUUUGUAAGGUAUGUGUGCAGCGUCAGGCAAGAGGCCCGUCGUGCUGCAGAAGGAGAUCCAGGGUACCUUACGUGGACGGCGCGCUUCUGGCCAUUUGCAUGGUGUCUUUCCGUCUUGCCUUGCCUAUGUGUGUGAGUCAGGUUUCAUCGCCGCUCGGCUGCAGGCGGCCCUCACCCGGGAGUGCACCUACCUCCUACAGCAGGGUAGGGUAGUAAAGUAAACACCUCCCUCAUCCCACCCACACGCAGACAGACGCGGGGACGUGCCUGUUUUGUUUGUGUGGUGCCUGCCAGGUGUGGCCUCAGCCGAGUGUCUGGACGCAGCCGUCUACAAUGGCUUUGGCAGGAGGCUCAACACAAUCGGUGUGGUGUGGUGUGGUGUAGUGUGCACUGCACUGAUAGCUAUUGUCAUUUAUGUAUUGCAUUUGCGCACUGAUAUACACACACGAAGAUGGACGCGGCUCGGAUGCAAAUCUCACUCGUCACUUGCACUGCACUGCUUGGCUGGCAGGGCCCCUCCAGCAGGCCGAUUUCGCGGGCGUCGACCUGCUCGUGUGAGCGGACACACACUGGCACUCCAGGCAGACAGACACCGAGAUUGUCUUGGUGCGUCAAUCGCCAGGAAGACCCACAGCGUCAUGUGGCCGCAGCUGGGCGCGAUGACGAGCGACAAGAUGGCUGAAGACCUUGCAAACAAGGUGAGACGAGACGCCACGCGACACGAUAGCUAGAAAUCCAUUUGUCCGUUAGUCUCAUCCACACAUUUGUCCAUCGUUCGUGCCGUGGAGGGUCGGUGUGGCGUCAAGACCGGUGCGGGCUAUUACGACUGGAACGAAAACACCAUACAAGAGGUGAGUGAGUGGGUGGGUGGGUGGGUGUGUAACACCGCCCUGCCCACCACAACACGCCCCGCACAUGCCAUGCGUGUGUGUCAGGUGACAUCUCGGCGAGACAAGGAGCUGCUUCGAAGGCUCAAGCAAGACUUCAGCCCGCCCGUGACUGACCAGACGUAAUGGAUGGAUGGACGCGGGUACACGCGUGUGUGUCACCGAACGAAUCAGAGGUUGGGCAGCCGCCAUGAUUGAAUGACUGAACGAAUGAAUGCACUGACUGCCUGGUGACAGACAUGACACCGAUGUGUGUCACUCCACACAGUCCACACCCACAUGCACCCCACCCUGCCCUUUCACCCUAAAACUUGCG